GCCCUGCGGAGCGGGAGGGACUGAGCGAAGGAGUGAGCGGAGCGGCCGUCGCCCGAGCGGAGCUGAGCAGCCAGCCAGCCUGCCCGCCGCCCUCCAGCCCGCGCUCCAGUCCGCAGUGUCUAGCAGCGGGGCCCAGCAUGGUCAUGGCGGAUGGCCCGAGGCACUUGCAGCGCGGGCCGGUCCGGGUGGGGUUCUACGAAAUCGAGGGCACGCUGGGGAAAGGCAACUUCGCCGUGGUGAAGCUGGGGCGACACCGGAUCACCAGGACGGAGGUGGCGAUAAAAAUAAUAGAUAAGUCUCAGCUGGAUGCAGUGAACCUUGAGAAAAUCUACCGAGAAGUACAAAUAAUGAAAAUGUUAGACCACCCUCACAUAAUCAAACUUUAUCAGGUAAUGGAGACCAAAAGCAUGUUGUACCUUGUGACAGAAUAUGCCAAAAAUGGAGAAAUUUUUGACUACCUUGCUAACCACGGCCGGUUAAAUGAGUCUGAGGCGAGGCGCAAAUUCUGGCAAAUCCUGUCUGCUGUUGAUUACUGUCAUGGUCGGAAGAUUGUGCACCGUGACCUCAAGGCUGAAAAUCUUCUGCUGGAUAACAACAUGAAUAUCAAAAUAGCAGAUUUCGGUUUUGGAAAUUUCUUUAAAAGUGGUGAACUGCUGGCAACAUGGUGUGGCAGCCCCCCUUAUGCAGCCCCAGAAGUCUUUGAAGGGCAGCAGUAUGAAGGACCACAGCUGGAUAUUUGGAGCAUGGGAGUUGUUCUUUACGUCCUUGUCUGUGGAGCUCUACCUUUUGAUGGACCGACUCUUCCAAUUUUGAGGCAGAGAGUGUUAGAAGGAAGAUUCCGGAUUCCGUAUUUCAUGUCAGAAGAUUGUGAGCACCUUAUUCGAAGGAUGUUGGUCCUAGACCCGUCCAAACGGCUAACCAUAGCUCAAAUCAAGGAGCAUAAGUGGAUGCUCGUAGAAGUUCCUGUACAGAGACCUGUUCUCUAUCCACAAGGGCAAGAAAAUGAGCCAUCCAUUGGGGAGUUUAAUGAACAGGUUCUGCGAUUGAUGCACGGCCUUGGAAUAGAUCAACAGAAAACCAUUGAGGCUUUGCAGAACAAGAGCUAUAACCACUUUGCUGCCAUCUAUUACUUGUUGGUGGAGCGCCUGAAAUCACAUAGGAGCAGUUUUCCUGUGGAGCAGAGACUUGAUGCCCGCCAGCGUCGGCCUAGCACCAUCGCCGAACAAACAGUUGCCAAGACACAAACUGUGGGACUCCCAGUGACGGUGCAUUCACCAAACGUGCGAGUGAUGCGAUCUGCCCUCCUCCGACAGGCAUCCAAUGUGGACACCUUCACGUUUCCAGCAUCCGGCUGUCAGGCGGAAGCAGCAUUCAUGGAGGAAGAGUGUGUCGACACUCCAAAGGUAAAUGGCUGUCUCCUGGACCCUGUGCCUCCUGUCCUGGCGAGGAAGGGGUGCCAGUCACUGCCCAGCGACGUGAUGGAGACCUCCAUUGAUGAAGGGCUGGAGACAGAAGGAGAGGCCGAGGAAGACCCCGGGCGGGCCCUGGGCGCCUUCCAGUCCACACGCGGCGGGCAGAGGCGGCACACUCUGUCGGAAGUGACCAAUCAGCUGGCCGUGAUGCCUGGUUCAGGUACGCUUUCCAGGAAAAUUUUCUCCAUGAGUGACAACCCCUCCCUUGACAGUGUGGACUCUGAGUAUGAUAUGGGGUCUGUUCAGAGGGACCUGCACUUUCUUGAGGACAACCCUUCCCUUAAGGACAUCAUGUUAGCCAAUCAGCCCUCACCCCGCAUGACGUCUCCCUUCGUGAGCCUGAGACCUGCCAACCCCACCAUGCAGGCUCUGAGCUCCCAGAAACGAGAGGCCCACAACAGGUCUCCAGUGAGCUUCAGAGAGGGCCGCCGGGCGUCAGACACUUCCCUCACCCAAGGAAUUGUAGCAUUUAGACAGCAUCUUCAGAAUCUGGCUAGAACCAAAGGAAUCCUAGAGUUGAACAAAGUGCAGUUGCUCUACGAGCAGCUAGGAUCAGAGGCAGACCCUAACCUGGCAUCGCCUGCUCCUCAGCUCCAAGACCUGGGCAGCAGUUGCCCUCAGGGGGAAGCUCCUCCUCAGCAGAAGAGCGUGUCUGCGCUCCCCGGCAGCGCGCACCCUCAGCUCUCCCAGCGGCACAGCCUAGAAGCCCAGUACCUGCAGCACAGACUCCAGAAGCCCAGCCUUCUGUCAAAAGCCCAGAACACCUGUCAGCUUUAUUGUAAAGAACCACCACGGAGCCUUGAACAGCAGCUGCAAGAACACAGACUCCAACAGAAGCGGCUCUUCCUCCAGAAACAGUCUCAGCUGCAGGCAUAUUUUAAUCAGAUGCAGAUAGCAGAGAGCUCGUACCCACAGCCCCUUCCCCACCAGGAGACACCGCCGCCAUCCCAGCAGCCGCCGCCCUUCAGCCUGACCCAGCCCCUGAGCCCCGUCCUGGAGCCUGCCUCGGAGCAAAUGCAGUACAGCCCUUUCCUCAGCCAGUACCGGGAGAUGGGGCUGCAGCCGCUGUCCGCCUCGCCAGGUCCCCGGGCUGCUCCCCCGCCACCGCCCCCGCAGCACUCAGGGGCCGCCCGGGCACCCUUACAGUUCUCCUAUCAGACUUGCGAGCUGCCAGGCGCGGCCUCCCCCGAGCCAGACCGCCCCGGUCCCUGUCAGUACUCCCUGGAUGGAGCCCAGCAGAGCGGCCUGGCGGCGCCGGGCUGUCCCAGGAGCUCAGGACUGCAGGAGGCCCCCUCCAGCUAUGACCCUCUAGCGCUCUCGGAGUUCCCUGGACUCUUUGAUUGUGAAAUGCUGGAAGCCGUGGACCCACAGCACAGUGGCUACGUCCUGGUAAAUUAACCUCAGCGUGGGAAGUGAGGCGGGUCAGGUGAAGAGAGUGUGUAUUUCUAUUUUUAUUCCAGCCUUUUCAAUUUAAAACUUAUUUUCCCCCCCUCUCCCUGAUGGGGAAAAAGUCAAGUCACCCAACUGGAAUCAGAGGGCCUGGCCGGGUGGAUGUUGCCUCCUCAUGGCUCCGUCCCACCAUGGGUUUCUGUGGCAAGUGCUGGAACAUAGUUGUAGGCUGCAGCUCAUGCCCUUAGGUCAAGUGGAGCAAGCUCUCAUCAGAGCCACCAACAAAAGUCUUAUAAGAAGAAGACAUCCAGACCUAGGUUUUACACAGAACUACAUCAGUUCAUUAUCGAGGGAAACCUUGGUGAAAGCAGGAAAAAAUGUGUGCCGUUACGUAUAGGCAAAAAAAAAAGGCAAGAAA